GCACUAUGGCCUGAUGAUUGACCUGAUUAUUAUCGCCAGGUCCCAUGUCGCGUUGUCCACGUGGCCCGUGGGGCCAAGCUGCGCGACUUCAUGGACCAGAUCUACUCGCACUUCCGUGAUGUCGGGGCUCCAGUCAUGAUGGGUGGCGACACGGAUGCUUCCUCCAAGGGCAUUGUGGGAGCAUGUAGAGAUCCACCCAGUUUGCUUGUAGUGGAUCCCCACUUCUAUGGAGCUGGCAUCACACGACAUCAACUGCAGGAGAAGUGCUGGGUCAAAUGGGUGUCACUGGAGAACUUCUGUCAGGAAUCAUUCUACAAUCUGUGUAUGCCAGUAAAACUUGACAAGUCUUGACCAAUAAAUGAUGAGGUUUU